AUGGCUGCGUCCCAGCGGGAACACGCGGCCGGGGUGGGGCGGAGCGCGCUCAGUCCCGGGGGCGCGCUCAGCCCCGGUAGGGCGCUCAGUCCUGGGGGCGCGCUCAGUCCUGGGGACGCGCUCAGCCCUGGUGGGGCGCUCGGCCCCGGGGGCGCGCUCAGCCCUGGGGACGCGCUCGGCCCCGGGGCGCGCUCAGCCCUGCGGUCGCGCUCGGCCCCGGGGGCGCGCUCAGGCCCGGGGGGCGCGCUCAGCAGGAGAGAAACACCUGCGUGGCGAGACCGCGCCUCGAGAGCCAGGGACGCACCAGACGCGUCACCCGACCUGUGCCUGGGCGAGGGGCCGUGUGGACGCGGUGCGCCGCCACGGAGAGCAGAGGACAGGGUGCCUUCCACGGCCGAGGUACCCCAGGCCCAGGGCGGCAGGCAGCCGGGACUGCUGGUCGGGGCGCAGUCUCUCAGACACAUCGUGACCGAAGGACCGAAGGACGUGCUGGACAUGCCGCUCCCUGACUUGCCAAGUGCUUCCCAGCCUCAGCCCAUUCACAAAGCUCUUCCCCGACCGAGGCAGUGUAUGGUGACAGCCACCACCGGAAGCGAAUCUAGAAGUCCCCAGGGAGUGACUAACAAGAUGGUCGGCGUCAGGGGCAGAGAAGAGGCGGGGCCGCCCCCCUCCGCUGCUGUGCCUGCCCGCGUGUCCAGGAAACCUGCAAGGAGACAGAUCGGAGGCUUCACUCAAGGAACUUGGGUUGUAAAGUUCCGGAACACGGACUUCCAGCGCCAGCCCCAGAGCACUUGGUGCUGGUCCCCCGAUGACUCUCACCCCCACCCCGGCUUUCUUCGUCGACCCAGCCGUAGCCCUCGCCUGGUGGAGUGGGGCAAAGAACGUCUGUGUGCCCGUGCUCUGAGCUCAGCCUUUCCUUCGGGCAGCUCACCACCCGUGGCCGAGGCUGGGCCCACCACCGGCCUCUGUGUCCUCACCCUGCACUGGUGCCGAGUGGCCGAGCUCUAGCCAAUGAGGGUAGGGGCACUGACUCACCCCACCUGCAGGCCUGACCCCUUGGGCCUCCACCGGACCCUCCUUGCUUGCCUUCACCUGCUGACCAGGUGCAAACAAGACAGUGGAGAAUCCACUGGGAUGUGGCCUAGGAUGUGGCUCCCGGCUAGAUGGGACGUGACGCUUGACUGACAACGUGAGGCAGAGCCCCCAUGUCGGACUGUGACAUCGAUGAGUUUCACUGGGCUCGACCACUGGAAUCUGGGAUUGUUCAUCACAGAUGAGCAUUACUUCCCGUAACAUACAAUCGAAUUCUGAAAUGUCCACCACCUUACCACUUCCCAAAUGGCAUUUAACCACACUCGCACACACUGCACAAAGCCCCGGACUGAGGACUCCUAAAAACCCAGUUGAGCCCACUUCUAAUCUUUCAAACCGACACCCAUAUUGUUACGUAAAGGAGCCACUGUGAGCCCUGCAGUGUCUGCCCAGCCCGACGUGGACCAAACGCAGCUCCCACCUGGUUGGCACCUCCCACUAAGACUCCACCAGCAGAGCAGCUCUGCAACUAUUUUAAAUUUCAUAAACGAUGGCUCUUUUUUUGUUAAGUUUGUUUCUUUUUGAGAAAGCCAGCAUGAGUGGGGGAGGGGCAGACAGAGAAUCCCAAGCAGGCUCCCCACCUGCCAGAGCAGAGCCCGCUGCUGGGCUCAAACCCACCAAACUGCGAGGUCAUGACCUGAGCUGGAACCCAGAGUUUCGCCUAAUGGACCAAGCCCUCCAGGCACCCCUAAAAGAUGGCUCUUAAAAUGCAGAUCGCCUACGGGGAGGACAGAACCACACUCCAGCACCACAGACCUACUGCCUGUCCCGUUUCCCUGGGCCGUGGGAACGGUGGUCCGACCUUCCAGGCCUUCUCUGGCCUCUUCUGGACUCAGGAAAGGCCCCUGGCAUCCAGAGGUCAAGGGUAUUACCACCCUUCUCAGCCCUACUUCUGCCUUUGAGAGCCUUGCAAGGACCUGCUCAGCCAUUGGGGCAGGAAUGUCCAGGUGGCUGACAGAUUGCUGAGACCCCACGCAGGAACAUUGUUACCGCUUUAGUUUUGAACAUCAAAAUCAUGAAAAUAGAUAAAAGGACAACAAAAGGGAGGAAAUAUUCAGAAAAACAGGAAAGAAAAGGGGUGGGCCCUAAGAGGUGCCCCGAUCAGCUCCUGCUCAUGAAGCUGCAUGGCUUUUCCUGGUGAGAAGGCACUAACCCAGUCCAGGCAGAGCCACCAGCCCGUGACAAGUAUUUCCCCUUUCCCCAAAUCCGUGAGAACAGUAGCAGAAAUGGAAAGUCCUCCUGCAGUGAGACCAGGAGAAAGCGGGAGCUCCGAGCUGCGGGGGUGUGGAGACAGGCCACCUGCACGGGCCAUAGAGAGGAGGAAGUGAGGACCCAGGUCCAGAGAGAGCCAGGGGAACACCAGCUGCGUGGCAUCUGAGCUGCAAGAAUGAAACCCCUAACUUGCAGCAGGGGAACAAGGUUGACAGGCUGCUGCUAGGAACAUCCCAGAACUAGUCAACAAAGAGAAAAUAGAAAACAACAGCCCAAAACAGUGUAGGAGAUCUUCGUGAAUCCUACUUCGGAAGCAUCUGUGAGCCUCACUGGGGAGGAGAGCAGAGGUGCCCGGUGACGCCCCACGGGGCUCAGGCCAGAGCCUGGUUUUCAUGAAGCACCUGGGAGCUUGACAGCCACCACCGCCUUGUUGGGACCUCGCCACCUUUCUGAUGCAAACCUAACUGUCCCGAGAGUGUGACAGAUCAGUGACCGGGCAGCAGAGGGUGUGUGUUGUUUUAAAAUAUCUUCAGGGGCGCCUGGGGGGCUCCCUCGGUUAAGCCUCCGACUUUGGAUCAGGUCACGAUCUCCCGGUCCGUGGGUUUGAGCCCCACGUCAAGCUCUGUGCUGACAG